AUGGAAGUCAAAGAUUCUAAAUCGCUGAUUAUAAAAGGGGGAUUGUUAUUCUUAAAAAGUAUUUCUACUAAAAGAUCUCUCAAAGCAUUUCUGGUAUGAAAGCACAUCAUAAAAUUUUCAAAUUACUCAGUGAAAAAAAUACAAAAAUUUCAAAUAUGCUACCAAAACAGAUCAAGUAGUCCAUUCGUUUCUAGAAGUAUCGAUCUAAAUACAAGUGAAUCCAAAAUUCCGAUUCCAAGAAAUUCAGUUGUAUGUUCUGACUCUGAUCGAGGCCGCAGAAGAUCUCAAACUCCAUGUGCAAAAAGACCUUCAACUCCAAUAAAGCCUUGCCCUACUCCUAUUCAAAGCACUCCAAUUAAAAGAAGUAAUAGCACUCCUACCAAAGGAAAUUCAUUUUCAAGCAGCAAAUCUCGAAGUUCUCCCAAAAUUUCUACCGAUGAUAUUGGUUCAAGGCUAUACAAUAACGCCAAAGAGAUCGAAAUUAAGAAAGAAAAGAUAAAAAAUCAGUCGAAGCCGAAAUAUACGUUUACUCCAGUGCUAUCUGAAAGAAAUGAAAAAAUUUUAUCUCAAAAAAAUCGAUGCAAGUCCAAGAGUCUAGCUGAUGAAGUUGCUGUGGUUUCUGGGAUGCUAAGCUUCACGAAACUGAAUAUUCCAUUUAAAGAUGUUGGGAACUCUGUGAUAUUUAAGCAUUUUGAUUUUAAAUCCCCUCCUCAUGAUAGAGUAAGACCGUUGAUUCCAAGCUUAGAGUUGAAUUCUGCAAAUGCAAGUAUUUCUUUAAAUCAAAGUGAUAUUAAGGAAAAUAUCUAUGAUUAA